AUGGCUGCCAAACCAAAGUUGAACGUGCAGAACUUCCCACGUCCUCCGCUGCUGGCAAAACCCCCCAGGCAUUUGGUGAUUAGAUGGAACGGACGGACUCUGGCUGACACCACAUCCGCGUACUGGGUCUUGGAAACUACACAUCCCCCUACAUAUUAUCUCCCCCGAAACUCCAUCUCAGACUCUUUCAAGCUUGCGCAAAUCCCUGAGAAGGCAUCUCUUUGUGAAUGGAAAGGUCGGGCCACGUAUUGGGAGUUGACCGACAAGUCGACGGGGCAGACGGUCAAGAGCAAAAUAUGGAGCUACGAGUCACCGACGCCCGCCUUCACAGACAUCAAGGGAUAUUUGUCCUUCUACGCCAGCGGCGUGCCGUGGGAAUGCUUCGUCGACGAUGAGAAGGUCACCCCGCAGGAAGGCGACUAUUAUGGUGGAUGGGUGACAAGUGAGCUCGAAGGGCCCAUGAAGGGAGGCCCCGGUACAUGGGGCUGGUAG